CUCUUCUCGCCAUGGCGUCCAAACUGAACCCCAACAUCCUGUACGUGUCGGAGCACGGCGAGUCGCUGGGGUCGCCCGGAGCCGACUCUGAGAGGACUCACAUAGCUGGAGAAGCUGGAGAGGAGUCAUCGGACAGCGACGGGGAACAAGAGGAGACGUCGCACAAGUUGAUCCGCAAGGUGUCGACGUCGGGACAGAUCAGGGCAAAGAAAAGCGUGAAGGAGGGAAUCCUGUUGAAGCAGACCAGCUCCUUCCAGAGAUGGAAGAGGAGGUACUUCAAACUCAGAGGGAGGACCCUCUACUACGCCAAAGACUGCAAGUCUCUGAUCUUUGAUGAAGUUGACCUAUCGGACGCCAGUGUGGCCGAGACCAGCACCAAGAACAUCAACAACAGCUUCACGGUGAUAACUCCAUUUCGCAAACUAAUGUUAUGCGCCGAGAGCAGGAAGGAGAUGGAGGACUGGAUCGGCGCUCUGAAAUCCGUCCAAAAAUGGGAAACCUACGAGGCCAGCCAGUUCAACAUGGAGCAUUUCUCCGGGAUGCACAACUGGUACGCCUGCUCGCACGCCAGACCGACCUUCUGCAACGUCUGCCGGGAGGCUCUGCCAGGCGUCACCUCCCACGGCCUCUCAUGCGAAGUUUGUAAGUUCAAGGCUCAUAAGCGCUGUGCAGUUCGCUCCACCAACAACUGCAAAUGGACCACGCUGGCCUCCAUAGGAAACGACAUCAUUGAGGACGAGGAAGGGGUGUUCAUGCCCCACCAGUGGCUGGAAGGCAACCUGCCGGUCAGUGCCAAAUGUGUGGUCUGUGACAAGAACUGUGGCAGCGUGCGGCGGCUGCAGGACUGGCGCUGCCUCUGGUGCAAAGCCAUCGUCCAUAACAGCUGUAAAGAACAAAUGGGGAAGGUUUGUCCAUUGGGUCAAUAUCGAGUGUCAAUCAUCCCUCCCACUGCACUUAACAGCAUCGACUCGGAUGGCUUCUGGAACGCCACCUCAGCGUCGUGCUCCAGUCCUCUCCUGGUCCUGGUCAACUCCAAAAGUGGAGACAACCAGGGGGUGAAGUUCCUCCGCAAGUUCAAGCAGCUCCUCAACCCGGCUCAAGUCUUUGACCUGAUGAACGGAGGACCAGAGCUCGGCCUGCGCCUUUUCCAGAAGUUUGUGACGUUUCGUAUCCUGGUGUGCGGGGGUGACGGCAGCGUGGGCUGGGUGCUCUCAGAGCUGGAUAAACUCAACCUCCAUAAACAGUGCCAGCUCGGCGUUCUGCCUCUUGGAACAGGCAACGACCUGGCUCGUGUUCUGGGCUGGGGAGGCCUCUGUGACGACGACGCUCAGCUGCUGCAGAUCCUGGAGAAGCUGGAGAGAGCCACCACCAAAAUGCUGGACCGAUGGAGUGUGAUGACGUACGAGGUGCCCACCUCCACUAAACGCACGCUGCUGGUGAAAGAAGACGACAGCCCCGAUUCUCCUCUGCAGGUCCACAUCACUCAGUAUGCAGACUCCGUGGCCUCCCACCUCGCCAAGAUCCUGGACUCGGACAAACACAGCGACGUCAUUUCCUCCGCCAAGUUCCUGUGUGGGACGGUGAAUGAUUUUGUGGCGGAGGUGGGGAAGGCGUACGAGAGAGCCACAGAGAACAAGGAGGAGGCAGACGCCAUGGCAAAGAAGUGUUCAUUGCUGAAUGAAAAGCUCGAUUCCCUGGUCAAGGCCUUGAGUGAAGAAGCGGAAGCUCAGGUGGUGCCAGCAGGUUCGGUGCCCAGCCAAGAAAGCGGCGGUUCGAGCCCCGUCGAAAGCGGCGGUGAGUCGGGUUCAGAGGGUAAAACGUACCGAUCCAAGGAGCAGCUAAUGCUCAGGGCCAACAGCCUGAAGAAAGCCUUGAGGCAGAUCAUCGAACAGGCAGAGAAAGUUGUGGACGAGCAGAACCGACACACGCAGGUCCAGAGGAUGUCGUCCUCGUCCUCCAUCAAAAGAGAAAACAGCGAGGAGCUGAAGGAUAUUGAGCCACGUCAAGGAAGCUUAAGUCCCACCUCCCCAAUUGUCCUUGAGAAACCAGAGAGCCUCCACACUGUCACCUUCAGCGAGGACACUGUACAAUGCUCAGAGAAGUGCGUGAUGAACAACUACUUCGGCAUCGGCCUGGACGCCAAGAUUUCCCUCGAGUUCAACAACAAGAGAGAUGAGCACCCUAAAAAAUGCAGCAGUCGCACCAAGAACAUGAUGUGGUACGGAGUCCUGGGGACCAAAGAGCUGGUCCAGAAGACGUACAAGAACCUGGAGCAGAGAGUUCAGCUGGAGUGUGACGGUGUUCCCAUGUCUCUGCCGAGUCUGCAGGGCUUGGCUGUUCUCAACAUCCCCAGCUAUGCAGGCGGUAUCAACUUCUGGGGAGGCACCAAGGAGGACAAUAACUUUGGAGCUCCGUCAUUUGAUGAUAAGAAGUUGGAGGUGGUGGCGGUGUUUGGCAGCAUGCAGAUGGCCAUGUCCAGAGUCAUCAACCUGCAGCACCACCGCAUUGCACAGUGCCGCCAGGUGAAGAUCACCAUCCUUGGGGAGGAGGGGGUUCCUGUGCAGGUGGACGGAGAGGCCUGGAUCCAGCCGCCCGGCAUCGUCAAGAUCGUCCACAAGAACCGAGCUCAGAUGCUCACCAGAGACAGAGCGUUCGAGAGCACGCUGAAGUCAUGGGAGGACAAAAGGAAGAUCGACAGCUACCGAGCCAGCAGACCUCGCCUUAACUCCCAGCAGUCCAUGGAGUACCUGACGGAGGAGGAGUGCGCUCAGGUUCAGCAGCUGGGCAUCGUGGCCGACACACUCAUCAACAAGAUCCGCGAAGCAGCCAAGACCCACAUGCUGGUGGAGCAGGAACUGGCUCACGCCGUCAACGCCACCGCCCUGGUGCUCACCGAGGCCAAACUGUCCACCCCUGAGUGUCUGAGUCGCAGCACGGCUGUGGAAAUCGUCAACAGCAGUAAAGUUCUCCAGGCAGAGACCCGGAUGCUGCUUGAUGGAAAACUACUGUCGGACUCUCCAGAGGAAGAGGAACUCCGGACGACCCUGAACAGCCUCAGCGCCGAGCUCCACAAGCUGGACGACAUCCACUGGAUCUGUCCGCUCAUGCAGUGCUCCGAGGAGGACUCGGUGAGGGUCAACAGUAAGAGCAGCAGUAUGAAGCUGAAGAUCAUACCCAAGGUGAAGAAGGAGAGGGAGAAGCUCCACAAGCAGAAGUCUAACAGCUCUCUCUCAGGAAAUUGGGAUAUCAAAGGUGGGGCUGGUGAAGCAGAUUCCUCAGGCAAUUGAAGUCCUGCAUGAGGUGCUUAAUACUGCCCCCCCUCCUCUAAAUACCCCGACAACCAGGGGUGAGGAUUACCCCCUCCUGUUCUCCUCCCCUCUAACCGCGAUUCCUAGUGGCCUGACAGAGGUGUGAGGAAGAAGAGGAAAAACCACCGUCCCAACUUUUAUGCUAUUUCCUCCCUGCUUCCUUUCUCCUCCAUUUCUGCAGGGAGGAGUCUCGUUUCUUCUAUUUCUUCUUUUGCGUUUUGUUCGUAAAGGGGGCCUGGCUUUGCAUCGCAUCGCUUCACCAUUGGCGUCCUGCUUUUGGUUACGUUUACCUGCUUGAGUUCGGAAGUCGCCGUGGCCAACAGCGAAUCAAACAAAAUACGUACAAGGGAGGCGUUGAACAAAAAUGUUCUUGCAGACGUUCUUUUUGUUUGUUUGUUUUCGACAUAGAAAUGUGUUUAUGUGGUGCUCUCCUUGCAUGUCGAGUGCAGCCAUCUUAUUUUAUAUCUAUCAUAAGUUGUUACGAUGUUUAAAUUCUUUUCUCUUUAACUUAAAUCGUUUUUAUUUCUGAACCUAUGAACAGCCUUUAGACUUUGAUUUUUCUCAAAACUAUCAAAGAGUAUUUAUUUCUUGUUGCUACUGCCAUGAGAACUGAAAAUGGCAACAAAAUGAACAAACUGAAACAUCUCAACCUUAUCGUCUACUGAACUGGGGAAUAUCUUAAAUGUUGCAACAACAAAAAAAAAAAUGUACUGAGGAAUGUACUCGUGUGGACUUGUAUUAACCUGUGAAUAAUGUUAAAUGAUAAAUAAUAUAAGGUUUCACAAAAGGUUCUGCUGUUGUGGUUCUAAAGUGGUUCUUAAUCAGCUGUUGUCUGACUUGUGUGAUCCGAGGCUAUGCUUCAUGACGAGUCAUCUCAUCUGGAAUCCAGCCUUAUGAAAAGAUGGUGGGAUUUUAAAAGUACGGUACAUCACUCAGUUAUUUUCAAGGUCUAAAAAUGUGUCUCAUGUGGGAGUCAAAGAAAAAGUCAUCCCACUGGUUUUAAGAACCAUUUUUGAGGUACGGCACCAGAUGAAAUGACUCAAUAAGUUUUUUUUUUUGCCAGUGUAUUGUGAAGAUGUUUACAGAAGGAGGAAGCAUCAAAAACACGUUAAAACAUUGCAGCUACUCAGUAUAUUACUCC